ACAUCACAGUUUGAAGGAAAACGAUUUGUAAAACAGGCUUGGGAAGAUCUGUCAAAGACAAACCUCCUGCCACACGCCACAAGUGUCACCCCCUCCAAGCCAUAUGCAUAUUUCUGUGUGCAAAAGCUCAGUUUCGGUGAUGUCUAUAGCUGAUAUUCCCUGUGUUUAUACCCAGGACAGCAAAGCGUGGAUAUGUAAAGGCCAAGCGUUCGGGAGGAGCUGCGAAGGCUACAGCCCCACCUGGGAGUGAUGGAACCACACGGCAGGAUCCGUUGCAAAAUGUGAAAAUGAAGGGGAAAUUCUACAGAUACCGUUUAUCACAGACAACCCUUGUAUAAUGUGUGUUUGCCUGAAUAAGGAAGUGACAUGCAAAAGAGAAAAGUGUCCAGUGCUCUCCAAGGACUGUGCUCUUGUCAUUAAGCAGAGAGGAGCUUGCUGUGAGCAUUGCAAAGAUUGCAGUUUCGAAGGAAAUGCAUACAACAGUUCAAUGAAAUGGCACCUCCCUAGCAAUCCCUGUGUUACAUACCAGUGCCAGGAAGGAGUGAUAGUGGAGUCGGAGGUACAAUGUGUUGUUCAUUGCAAAAACCCUUCCAAACUUACGGGAAUGUGUUGUCCUGUGUGUCCAGGUUGUAUAUUUGAAGGGAGACAUUACAAUGAAGGGGAAGAAUUUAGGCCUGAAGGAAACAAAUGUACCAAGUGCUCUUGUAUUGGUGGCAUGACACAGUGCAUCCAAGAAGUCUGCCCCAUUCUCUCAUGUCCUCAGCACCUCAGUCACAUUCCUGCUGGACAGUGUUGCCCCAAAUGCUUAGGACAGAGGAAAGUGUUUGACCUCCCAUUUGGAAGCUGCCUCUUUCACAGCAAUGUAUAUGAUAAUGGAUCCUCAUUUAUUUAUGACAACUGCACAAUGUGUACAUGCAAGGAUUCAACGGUGAUAUGUAAGAAGAGGUGCUUACUUCCUGGUGAAUGCAAUAAAAACACAGACCAAUGCUGCAAGGAGUGUGUCUCAUAUAUCUCUCCUGAGGAAGUGAAAGUGUGCAAGUUUGGGAAUAAGGUCUUCCAGGAUGGAGAGAUGUGGUCCUCUGUGAACUGCACCAUCUGUGCUUGUGUGAAAGGCAAGACAGAGUGUCGCAAGAAACAGUGCAUUCCAGUCAGCAGCUGUCCUCAUGGUAAAAUCCUGAACAGAAAAGGAUGCUGUCCUAUUUGCACUGAAAAGCCUGGAGUUUGCACUGUAUUUGGAGACCCUCACUACAACACUUUUGAUGGACGGACAUUUAACUUUCAGGGAACAUGUCAGUACGUUUUGACAAAAGACUGCUCCUCCUCUGCCUCGCCCUUCCAGGUGCUGGUAAAAAACGAUGCCCGUCGGACACGUUCUUUCUCCUGGACAAAGUCAGUGGACCUUGUGUUGGGCAGAAGUACUAUCAGCCUCCAGCAGCACCUCACAGUGAAGUGGAAUGGGACCCGUAUCUCACUACCUUGCGAGACACCACAAUUUCAGAUCGAUUUGGAUGGUUAUUUGCUGAAAGUGACAACCAAAGCAGGCUUGGAAAUCUCAUGGGAUGGAGACAGUUUUGUGGAAGUCAUGGCUGCACCGCAUCUGAAAAGCAAACUCUGUGGUCUGUGUGGCAAUUACAAUGGGCACAAGAGAGAUGACAUGAUUGGAGGGGAUGGGAAUUUUAAGUUUGAUGUGGAUGACUUUGCCGAAUCCUGGCGUGUGGAGUCCAAUGAGUUCUGCAGCCGCCCACAGAGAAAACCUGUGCCUGAACUCUGUCAUGGGACAGUGAGGGUGAAACUCCGAGCUCACCGGGAAUGCCAGAAGCUCAAAGCAUGGGAGUUUCAGAGCUGUCAUUCAACGGUGGAUUAUACCACAUUUUACAGGUCCUGCGUGACAGACAUGUGUGAGUGCCCAGUCCAUAAAAACUGCUACUGCGAGUCAUUCCUGGCGUAUGCCCGAGCCUGUCAGAGGGAAGGGCUGAAAGUCCAUUGGGUACCAGAGCAGAGCUGUGCAGCAACCCAGUGUAAACACGGUGCAGUUUAUGAUACCUGUGGUCCAGGAUGUGUCAAAACAUGUGACAACUGGAACGAGAUUGGCCCAUGCAACAAGCCCUGCGUUGCAGGGUGCCACUGUCCCGCAAAUCUAGUUCUUCACAAAGGAAGAUGCAUCAAGCCAGUCCUGUGCCCACAGCGAUGACAUUGGUUCUCUUUCUGCGGACACUAACGUGGGUGGGUGGUCACUGACCUUUGAUGCUCGCAGCCAGUGAAGGACUCCAGCUAUUUGUGUGCAGAUUCUACAAAGUACACAUCUACUCACAGAGUGUAAAUAUGCUCCUGUGUGUGUAUUUAUGUGUGCUUAUGUAUACACACAUGCCACCUAGCAAGAUAUAUAAAUAUAUAGUGUGUGUGUGUAUGUAGACACACAUAUCUAUACACAAGUGCCCUAAACGUAAGUACAACCCAUAUAUUUAUAUGUCCACACACACAAAUAUGCAUAAUUUCUAUAUACCAUAGAAGGAUGAAUUAUUAUAUGUAUAUUUUUUGCUAUAAAGUUUAUGUAUUAUUAUUUCUAGGACCCUGAUCUGUAAGUCAUUGUAUAAAUAAACGAGGUGUUUUUAAUAUAAUAUAGUGGCAUGAAAAGAUUGGAUGACUUUGCCAUUGCAUGUUUGUCAUUUCUAAGAAAACUUUUCUAGGGCCAUAGUACUGCCAGACUGGAUUAGUUUCAACACAGAACCUGGAUUUACAGUUGUACAGGAAACACAUUUCUCUAGAGAUGGAGGAUUUAUCUAGGAGUAUUUCAUGCAUACCUUAGAGCUGUAUAGUGAUUGGUGACAGUGCUUAAUCAGGCAGAGAAAGCUGGGGAUCGGCUUUUAUGCUUUACUGAAAUAACUGUGCAGAAGGAUUUCCAAAGUUGGCUGGCCAACUGCCAGCAUAGAGAUAUUUCUUUCUGGAAUGGGACCAGAGAGUCAGGGGGGCAGAUUUUCCAAAGCAUUCGGCACCCAACAGCUUGCACUGAAAAUUUGACCACUUCCCAUUUCGUGUCCUAAUACCCCAUCUCUGUUGUUGUAUUUGGCAGUAGCUGUGAAUACACAAUGAGGAGCCUGAAGAAAAUAUCCAUGUACAUAUUAUCCCCUUUAACAUGUUUGAAACUGCUGUGUUUCUUUCAUAUUUCCCCUAGAUAUUAUGCAGAAAGCAAAUCCCACUGUGGAUUGGAGUGUUUGAUUUCAGUGUGCCUUAAAGCAUUAAAAGGUGCCAGGUUUAGUAACUCAUUUAAUUUAUCAGCAUGGUUUAGAAGACAGACAAAUUCACCCCAUCAAAAAAAAAAACCAAACAAAAACCAGUAGAGAGUGUCAAAUGCUAAUUGGGAACUGCAAUUUAUUUCCUUACUGGUCUUUUUCUUGAAGUUUACGAACAUUCGGGCUCUGUGAAGUUUUCAUAACUUUUGAAGUCUCCCAAGGGAAAAGUAAUAAUAUAGGAUUUCAUUAGAAACUGUUAAAAAAGCCAUAGAAGUUUCUCAGCCCUGAACGGGGGUGGGUAUUUUUCUUCCACUGACAAACCUCUUGUAGAGCCUGAAGGAAUAGUCUCUGGAGAUGACUGUAAUCUUUGGGCACGUGAUUUAGGUUUAUAACGAAGUAAUAACCUCUCACCCACCUACUUCCAUUAUGCCUUGUAUUGAAAUUGCACAUUGUAAUGCUUUGAAUAAUUUUCUCCAUUAAUGCUUCACUGUACAGGAAGUUUCACAGGAUCUGAGUUUACAGUGAAUGGUAACUUUGGUUACGCACUUGGGUAACGCACUUUGGUUAUACAAACCUGUCUGCAAUUCCAUCCUGGAGGGAAAUUCUGAGUGAGCCUAAUUAGCUUAGGCAUCAAAAAUGCUGCGCCAUCACAGUGUUAAAAAAAAGCUAGGCAAAUAAUGCCAGGAGUGUUCUACGUACAUUUGUCCAAAUUUUAAAUAAAGUCAGCUUGAUCUUUUUAUGUCCCUUUUGUGUUCAUUUUCUUGGAACAAUCAAAUAUUUUUUUUUUUCCUGGCAGAGAGGGUUUUGAAGCCACAUACACAAGUGGAGUGGGAAGCAACAUUGUGAAUAUGCAGAUCCCAUCAGAGCAGGAAACUAAAAAAGUUUUAUGUGGCUCAUGUGAUAAUUGAAAGGAAAUCUGGAAUUUAGAACAAUUGCCAUUGGUCCAAGGAGUUAAAACAUAAAAUGGCAGUCAUUAAAGUAAUUUAAAGCAUCAGUUAGACCAAAGAACAUUUCAUCCUUUGAGCUUUUGAUGCUGAGACAUGGGGUCUAAACCAUUAAAAAGGUUAUUUACACUCAGCUCUAGUUUAGGGUAGAUUUUCACUACUGAUAGAUUUUCAUUACUUACUGCUCAGUGUUUGCAAAAUAAAAAUACAGGCAAAGUGAAUUGCAAUAUGUGGUAUACAGACCUGUCCUUCCCUUUUCUUCUACUGAUUGAUGACGGUGAGUGAAAGUUGAAGGGAGAGCCCUCCAGCUGUCUCAAUGCUUACUUGACAGUAGGUGAAGAGGUGACUCAGUCUAUCUGUAGGAGGAACUCUAUUUUGAAAUCUUAAAAUGGUUGGGUUUGAAACCUGACCUACAGGUCAUCUGAAAAUGAGGAUUCAUUCCUCGGUUUAGCUUUUUCACAUCUGCCUAAUUAAGGGUAGCCCCCCUGCUUUUUCCUUUGGUGAUGUAUACUGAGGAAGAGAGGAAUGUGGUUUUACCCCUAAACUCUCCAAUUGUGCCCUUAUGGUGUUGUAGAGGUUUUCCUUUUGAACUCUGCCAUUUUGAAGGCAACAGUAACUGCUGCUUAGUUCGCAUUCAUAGUCUAAGGUAAAAGAGCUUUGCUUUUCUAGAAAAUGUGCCCAAUUUUCAAUUUGGCAUAGGUUUUAUAUCCAUGUCUGUAGUUAUUCUGUGUCCCACCGAGCUAUUCAGACCAGAUAGUCCCAGGUGGGGCUGUCACACUCCACUCUCCUGUUUUCCUCUCCUCUUCCAGGAUUUUCAAAGCUAGAGCUAAAAACUUCCUGCCUAUCACUGGAGAUUUAUUUUUUUACAAAAUUGACUGAUAAUCCAAUUUUAGUAUGCUAAAUGUGUUUAGUAUGCAAUAAUGUGCUUUUAUUAAUAACAUAAGAUUGAUAAUCCAUAUGGUAUAUUUGCCAUGCAAAACUGAUGGUUGUCUAAGUUUUGGUCUUGAUUAUGCUUACAUCAAUCUGUGCAUAAAACUUGUGGCGAUUUAUAAAAUUAAACAUAUUUUAAAGAAAGGAGGUACCAACCAAAGAAUGAUCCAAAGGAAAGUCUGAGAAACAACUCUAUAAUCCAAAGGAUGGAAUUAAAGAAAGCCUUGGAUCAAUAGCUUCGCCAUUAACCUGCUAUGUGUUCCCUGGCAAGUAAUUAAUAUUCUGUACUUCACUGGGGAAAUGAGUCUCUGAGUUUAUGCAUGUUUUCUAAGUUUAUGGAUAGAAAGUGUUCAAAAAUGCCAUAUGUCACGGGGAAUGUCAGCUGGUAUUUUACCAAUCUACUCAGGUUUGCUUUGCAUCAGGUUUUCCCAUAUCUCCCAUGUUGUCAUCACUUCAAAGUUAGGUUUUAGUUGACAUAUAUGGAGGUCAAAUACAUUUGCUUCCUCCUAAUUUACUUUCAAUUCAGUCUGUUUUUGUCAUAUAUAUUGAAUUUUAUAAACUAUGGAGACAAGUCAUAGCCAAGCAGAGCACUGAGUUGUAACCCAAGGCUCUGUAGAUGCUCCCACAUCUUCCAAGAAUACCUUUCUUCUACAGAAUAAAGUAUGCACUAGGAGCAUAAAAUGAAAAGAUUCUUAAUAUCCUCCCAAGUAGUUUCCAGUAGGUAUCCUAAAAGAGUAAGUUCUCAUCAGAGACUUUUCUGCUUUUUUUUGAACACAGGAUUCGAAUAGAGUUUGACACUGCUUGGCUUCCCACUGACAAAACCUGACAUUUGCAAUGGCUGGACUGAUCUUGAGUGACUGUACAGGGCUACUUUUUUUUUCCCUUCAUCAAAGUAGACAAGGUUAUAUCCGAGCUAACAGAUAUGAGAAUAACAGCCCAUGCAUUUGCAGCUGGACAGGCUGGAAACAGGCAGUCAGGAGCAUGUAGCACUGAAAUGCUGAGGUGUUUGUGAUAUUUUAGUCCUGACCAAACGUGCCUUAUGCCAAGGUCU